CGGCGAGCUCGGCCAACAGAUGGCAGCAGCUACAUGUACACAAGACUGGCCAAAAUUACCCAAUAUGCGGUGCGGGAUCUCUCUAUUUUAUGACUGAUGGGGGCGGCCCCGAGUCAUAGCAAUUCCGAUAUUCCAUUUAGAGGGUGCUGAUGUGAUGGGUGCAAAGAGAUAUUCUGGUUGAUGACUCAAAUGAAUGACAAGCAACAUGGAUGCUGCUCGCAGAAAUCAGGACAUUCGGAAGAUGCUGAACCCAGACUCCCGGUCUCUCAUGGGAUUGAGCGAGGAAGAGCUGCUCAUCCGGGCACGAGAGGAACGUGCAACUAUAGUUGGGCGAUACAACCUUGGCCGCGAAGAAGGAGCUGUUAUAGACCCUUGGGAAGAUCCAGAAUUCGAGGUUUAUCAUUCCACAGACAGAUAUGGAUUUAUACAUGACACAAGAUUACCACAAUCACGUUCAAAGGAAGAAGAGAAACGGUUGGAAAUUGAGCUCUCUCGGAUUCCAAAGUGGUUGAAGAUGAUUAAAAGCUGGGAGAAAUACUGGGACAAGGAAAAAUUCAUCAAAAGAAUAUACAAAGGCAUUCCAGAUAGGUUUCGUGGUGUAGUUUGGGCGAAAUUACUUCUUUUGGAAAAAAUAAAGGAAGAACAGAGAGGGAAAUAUGAGGAAAUGAGGAGACUCGGAUGCAAGUGGUCUACAGAUGUCCGACAAAUUGACUUGGAUGUAAAUAGAACAUACAGGGACCAUACUAUGUUUCGCAAAAGAUAUGAUGAGAAGCAGCAACAGCUCUUCCAUGUUCUUGUUGCAUAUUCAAUGUACAACCAAGAAGUGGGCUACUGCCAAGGGAUGUCCCAGAUCGCUGCUUUGUUACUCAUGUACCUGAAUGAAGAGGAUGCAUUCUGGGCACUUUCAGCCCUCAUGUCCUCACCUAAAUAUGCUAUGCAUGGCUUCUUCAUACCUGGCUUUCCAAAACUUUUGCGAUAUCAACAGCACCACGACAAAAUACUCGAAAAAUUUCUGCCGAAACUUAAAAAGCAUUUGGAAAGGAAUUGCAUAGACUCUGGGCUCUACACUCUCAAAUGGUUCUUUCAGUGUUUUCUUGAUAGGGUUCCAUUCACUCUAACCCUACGGCUGUGGGACAUCUUCCUGAUGGAAGGAGAACGCCUCCUCAUUGCCUUUGCCUACUCUAUCCUUAAGCUUCAUCGUCGACAAAUAGCUCGUCUGGAUAUGGACCAGAUUUUAGAUUACUUGCAAAAAAAAUUGGAAAAGAAUUUUGGUUAUGAAGACGACUAUGUAAUAGAAAGUUUGGAAAAGUCAAUGGAAGAAUUGAAGAAAGCCAAAUUAGAUCAUCCGGGAGCACCGCCAGACAUGGAAUUACCUCAACAACCCUUUGGAUUGUUCAUAGAACCUACAAUUGAGAAGGAAUCGGGAAUUCGUCGAGAUUUCACAGAGGAGGAGAGAAUGAUCACCGAGAAAUUGAUGAAGAGGACGGAGACUAUUGGACUCAAUGGGUCUCAUCUCUCUGUUGACCGCGGAAAAAAAGGGUCAAGGUAUUCACUGGAGUGCAGCAUUGAUGAAGUAAGCAGCCUAGGCGGAGUAGGAGGUUCCAGAGCCUCCCUUGCAAACACAUCCCUUACAUCGGCUGCAGACUUGUCAACGCUUUCAUCAGUUACAUUGGCCAGACGAGGGGAUAUUGACGCAGCUUCCAUUCAGUCCGGCCGUUCACUCAUAUCUCCUGACACACACUCAGUGCAAUCGGUACGAUCACCAAGAUCUCCAACAGAAAAAUUCAGACACUCUAAUAGUCAUUCACCAUCACAAUCACUACCACAUCAAACAAAUGGUGAUUUACAUGGUGAUACACGAUCGAUACAGAGUGAAGGUGAGGUUGUCCACAAUGGAAUAUUGGGCAGUCCAUCCCACAGCCCAUCCACCCCACGACCGUCUUGUUUGUCUGUCAGUCAGACCACUUUACAGGACAAGGAGGCCCUACUAUCUGAGCCUGCCACUCCAAAAGCUACUGAGACACCGGAUACUGUGAGAAUCUUUGUACCAUACUCAGGGAACACAGAAACGGUAAUCCUUAAAACUCAAAUCUCAAAAUCUCCUCCUGUUGAGGAACUCAAGUUUAUUAACACUAGUUCUAAGGAUCCCAAUAAAAUAAUGAUUCAUGUGGAUGCAGACGAUUCUCUGUCUUCCCCAAGAGAUCAUUCCUCAACCCCAAACAGCUCUCCAAGAAAUUUUUCCAAUUCACUGGACCGUACAACUGUACAUCACUUUUCUUCGCCUUUGGACAUUUCUUCCGAUGAUCUUUCUACCACACUUCAAGAUUUCAGUUUCACACAGGAUUUUACCCAACAAUCCAGAACUUACUCAUCGUCGAUUUCUCCAACAUUACCCAGGUUGGAGACGUCGCGGUCACGGCCCAUCACUCUUGACAGUCCAGAGUACAAUGAGGGACUACUAUAAGUACAAGUUCAGUGUUAGGGAGCUUUACACUCAGAGCUUGGUUAGUAGUAUGUACAGCUUAUAUGUAUUAGUAUAUUGGAAUAAUAGUCACAUAGUACACAUGAUAGUUAAACACUAUUACAAUGUAAAAUGACUAAAUGAGCCAUACAAUUUUUAAUAGUAUCAUUAUUAUGGAAGUCACAAAUGUAUACCAAUAAAUGGUUUUGCCCAGAGCAGAGAGAAGUCCAAGUCAUGUUGCGCAUUGGUGUAUGUGAGCAUUAAGCUCUUUAUUAGUAAGUGUACUUAAUAGAAUUGGUGUUUCUAAUUGCAAGUGUCAGUCCCAUUGAUUACAGAGUCAAUUCUAGCAUAUUUUUGUAUGACUGCUCUUCUAGUCUUCCUUGUUUCUACUUUGCCUCGGUGAUUGGCCAGUAGCUGCUGGAGGACUAACACUUAAGACCCAUCUUUUCCCUGACUGCCUAAACCAUACUACCUUUGAAUAGAACAUAAUUGUUAUCUUGUCAGUCUAAUUGAUAUUAAUUGUAUCAAUCAAGGUUAAUAAACUUUAUUUUUUAUAGGUCUGCUGUUUGUCAGUUAAUAACUAUUUUGUUUCCUUGUUUUAGAGCAUAAAUCAUGAAUAUCUUUUUGUUGCAAAACUAACAUUCCAAAUGUGAUGUAAAUAUGUCACGCUGUAGGAAUGCAAUACAGCAAACACGUUGAUUAUCUUUCAGGCUGUUACAUAUUUUGUAGCCAUUCAGUCAAAUGAUGUUAAACACAUGUUGAGUGGUUUAUUUUAGUGGAUUCAUAAUAUUUUCAGCUGAAGAAUUUAGAUCAGAUACAUAUUAAAAUAUCUUUCAGCUGGGAAUCAUUGACUUUUUAUUGUUUUAUGUUAAAAGAAAAAUAUUGGCUGAUUGGAUAGUGUGUGUCAAGACUGGUGGUGUGCAAUAAUUACACAUGCUGAGGGAUCCAAACAUUCACCUGUGUGUGACCUAGGUAAGGCAGGCCACAAAAUGCUCAUCCCUAGGCUCGUUUGUGUUGAUUAGUAUUUAUUUUGUAGAAUUUGUCCUGGUGCCGAAAUUAUAGUGUGAAUGAAAAUGUAAGUAUUUGUAUAUAUCUGUUUACAAAGAGCACAGAUUUGGAAAGAACAACUGCUGUGCACAAAACUGAUGAUUGGUGCCUGUGAGCAGAAAAUUUUGUAUAAUCUUUACGUGCUGACGAGUCCCGAUACCAAUACUGUAAUCUGUAAUAGUUUUGUUAGUCUGACUCGGAGAUGAACAAUUAUGUUUGUUGUCUCUUUUACUAUGAAACAUAACCGUUUAUUUUCUUGUACUGAACUUAUUUGUAUAUUUUUACUUUCUUUUGAAUCAGUAUUAUAACUCACUGCAUUCCCUUAUUAUGCAAAGGUAAUUUUAAGUAGCAUAUUAUGAGAUUAACUUGUAUCAUAUUGUAUAUUAUUAUAGUUUGGCUGUAUUUUGUAUCUACUCUAAUAUGUAAAAUACAUCACUUGAUAUUUCCUGGCUUCUUGAUUGAUACUCAGACCAUGCAAGCAAGUUAUUUUGCUUUUUUUAUUAUGAUAAGCCAGAAAAUAGUUAAGCGAUAUCGGAUGCCUGACCAAAAUUGAAGAGUUGAGUCCCUGAACUAGAAAUGUAGUGUGAAGUAGUAGUUGACUCAUCUAAGUGUCGAUGGAUAAGAUGCUGCUAUAAUUUUAAGUGUUUCUCGUCAGUCCUCGUACUUGUUGCACCUUUCUUGUUUGUGAUAAGACAUAUUCAUUAUAAAAUUCUCAAGGAUAAAAGAUUAUUUACUUUAAAUUAAAGUUUUGUGGACAGGUUUCAGCAAUGAUGAGGACUGAUUUUGAAAUUUAGACUUCAGCCUUAAAAAUAUGCAUCAAUCCAACAGAUUCAUUUAUUAAAUCACAAAGUAAUAGGAAUGCAUGAGGAUUUUGUCUAAUAUAAGAUGUUCAUCUUAUUAACUCCCGUACAUGUGAAUAGAAUAUUUGUAUAUUAUCUGAUUGAUGGAUGAUUACCAUAUGUGAUAUGCUUGGUAUGAGAAAGGAUGCAGUGCAUAUUGUUGAAGUGAUACAAAAUAAAUUUUUCAUUGUGAAAGAGUUACAGGAAAACUAAUAAAUCUGUGUCUUAUAAUGAUUAUUUAAGGAACUCCAUACUGAUAAAGGUGACUACAUGAUGUAGAAGAAUAUAUAACCUACACUUCAUAUUUAUAAAAGGCAAAACAUUGUCGUUGAAAUUUAUGAUAAAUAUGAUAGAUCCACAAGCUUGGGGGCUUGGGUUAUAUUUUAGUUUUUGGAAAUCCUCACCAUAAUACCAAUUAUUUUUCACGGCAGUAAACAUCAAUGAUUUCUUGUCUUAAUAUUUAAAGGAUUAGUGAAUGAGGCAGCUCUGCUCCUUAGUAGUCGCCAGUAGUUAAAAGAUCAAUUGGUUUGUAAUUUUAGUCGGUUAUAGAUUGUGUUUGCCUGUGCAAUACUGUAUUAAUAUUUUACCAAUCCUCUCUUAUCUUGCAGUAUCAUAUUUUUCACUGCUGGUCAUCAUUUCCGUAUUAAUAUAAGGAUCUGGGUUGUACAUCCCUGUAUUUUGCUGGUCAUAUUAAUAAGUUAAUAUAAUGGAUAUCAUGCAUUCUUUUGCACCGAAUUUAUUUGUUGUAUUCCCUAUUCAUUGUAUCAUACUCGAUUAGUCUCAAAAGUCAAUAUUAUGUAUUUAAUUGUUUAAAUAUUAGUUCUAUAUUUAUUUUAGUCAUAUAUUACAUAUUUUGUCAUUAAGCUUAUCUUCUCAUUCUGUUGUAAAUUGUUAUACACAUAUCUUAGACAUAAUUGAAAUCAUGACUGCUCCUUUUUUAGUCACAAUGACAUAAAUAUGCAGGGAAUGUGUGCUAGGUGUAGCGUAUCCUUGUGUCGAGAUUUCCAGCCUCAUUUUAAUUCAGGUAAGUGGAAGUUGUUUGUCAAAGCAGGCACUCCUAGCCAGCAGAGGUAGUGCUGUCCAAUAUAGAACUUGAUCAUCCUCUUUGCUUUCCAUUACCACUUAUUUUUCAUACUUUAGUCCAUAGUGUGUCUCAUAUUUCAGUUCAAUCUUUAUUUUCACCACAUAAAUGUGUUUUAAUGUUUAUUUCCUUUUAUAUUGUAGUCUGUAGGUUUCCUAGCGCUCUCCUCCUUUCCCCAUCUGUAUAUCCCAUCUCUCGCCUUCCCCAUCUGUGUAUCCUGACUCUCUCCUGACAUCCCCAUCUGUGUAUCCUGACUCUCUCCUGACAUUCCCAUCUGUGUAUCCCAGCUCUUUCUCUCCUGCCUUUCCCAUUUGUAUAUCCCAACAUUCUCCUGUCUUCUUCAUCUGUAUAUUGUAAUUCUCUCCUGCCAUUCCCUCCAACCCUUCAGUGAAGCACUUGGGCUGGACAGUAGAGCGACAGUCUCGCUUCAUGCAGUUCGGCGUUCAAUCCCAACUGUCCAAGUGGUUGGGCUCCAUUUCUUCCCCCCAUCCCAAAUCCUUAAACUGAUCCCUUUGAAGUGCUAUAUAUUCAUGGUGGCUUGGCACUUUCUCCUGAGUUCCCUUCCUGCCUUCGCCAUCUGUAUAUCGGAACACAUUCCUGCCUUCUACAUUUGUAUAUAUCAGUGCGCUCUCCCUCUCCAUUCCAUCCACAUUUUCUUCCAUUUUAAAAAAUACAUUGUUGGUGAUAAUCUUUAAUUGAUUUAGCUGUAUUUACACAUUACAAAAGAAAAAUACUUAAACAUAUUUGUCAGUAUAACCUUCAAGCUAUGAGAAUUAAUUUAUGAUGACAGUAACUUUUUUUUUAAAUAAUUUAAUUAUAGAAAGAUAAUUUGAGUAUAAACACUGCAUAAUGUUAUUAACAAAAUGGUUAAAUAAAUUGUUAAAUUCUGUA